AUGCGGACACCAGAGUUGCAGGUGCGCCGGCUGACAGGCGUGUCGUCCUGGGGCUUCGGCUUGACGGGGCGGAGGCAGGGAGAGCCACCUGACCGACCGGACGAGGAGGAGGACGCCCCGGGGUCCAUGCGCCUCGGCGCCCACGAGCUCCCACGGCGGCGAGAGAAGGACGGGGGCUCCGGGUACUCCAGCCUCGGCGUGUUGCCGCCCUCGAUGGCUAGCCAUGGGGUGCAACAUGAUUAUAGUGAACUCCGAUUGCAUGGAGCUGCACCUGUCGUGUGCUCGUUCGCCUACCGCGUUGCUGGGUGCGGUGAGAGCUGGCCCCUACCCCCCUCUACGCGCACCGCAGAGCCGGUUGAUCACUUGAUCUGUUGUCCUGUACCAAACCACCACUACCACUGCUCUCCGGCUCCUCCGCCCUCCGCCCGCCCGUGGUCAGGUCAGAAAUUCUCGGCGCCUUGCCCCUUUGCCAGAGGAUGCCACUCAUUAAGGUCCACAAACGUGGGUGGGGCUAUAGGCCGCUCCAUUGACAUCGGUAGGUUCUCUGAAUACGGAGAAUUAUAUCAAGCUUUGGCCCACAUGUUUGGCAUCGAAGGGCAACUCGAAGAACGACAGACUAAAGGUUGGACGUGUCUCUACCAGGAUGAUGAGGGUGACUUCCUACUUCUCGGUGAUGGCCCAUGGGAGGAGUUUGUGAUCAGCAUCAAGUCCAUUCAGAUCAUGUCACCUCAAGAGGUUGACCAGAAGUUUCUGCAGAAGCUGGGUGGUGGUUUAGCAUCAAGGCUGUAGCUUACAAAAUCAACGCAGUGAAGAAUAUAGUGUAUAUGUGUGAGCUUAUUGUUGUGAGGGCUAAAAUUCUCCUAAUACUAGCUUGAUCACGCGCGCUGCGACAUUUGCCGUGAGGAUUAUAGUUCUCCUAAAACUUGUUGGGAUUAUGUGUCCUGCAACUAUAUUCAAAUACUUAUUAUCAUUAAUAUUCGGAAUACCUCAUAUGGAAUUAUA